AUGAAUAGAAGUCUUUUAAAUGCUUACUUUCAAGCUACAGAUGGAGAACGAAACACAAAAAAGUAUGCGACAAAACUCGCUAGCAUAUGGUUGGAACUGUAUCCUGAUAAAUGCUUCACAGGUAAACAUCUCAUAGCACAAAUAAAAAAUAUCAAAACAAGGAAGUUGCUAGCUCCAGAUGAAAUCGACGCACUGAGAGCGGAAGCUAUGAAUCGGUCCCCCGCAACCAGGGCCGCAAGCAUAAGGAGAAGCAUAAACAGAUUGAGUUCUUCGACACCACAACAGAUCGGAUUCGAGGAGGUUGAGAGAAUUGUGCCACAAGCGGAUACCCAGUCUGAUGCUUCCUUGGAGAUCAUGUCAUUGUUUCAGGAAAUAAACUUUAAGUGGAAGGGUGUGCCGAUGGAUAUGAGACCAAGAAUAGCUAAAGUGCGGUGUAGUCGAGACGUGUUGGAUACCGUAAAAGCAGUUGACGUUGCAGUAGGGAUGGCGAUUGAUGGGUCAAUGGAUUUUGAUGAGCUGUGUCACAUGGUGUACAGUGCUGCUACUGCGAUCAACACCAUUCUUGAAACAUCCAACAAGGAACCAGAACUGAUAAAACAGCAACGAGAAAAACCCCCCUGGGAGGAAAGACUUCAAAAAAAAGUAACGGCACUCAGGAAAGAAAUAGGGAUUCUUCACAAUUAUUCCACCGAGGACAAACCCAGCAGAAAAGUAGUAAGGAGAGUUCAAAAUUAUGCUAAUAAAAUCGGCCUGAAGAGAAACGACCCGCAAUAUAAUCAAAAAAUAAAAAUCUACUCGGAAACUCUGAAGCAGAAGAUAGCUGCACUAGGCAGCAGACUGAGGAGAUACAACAAAAGAGCUCAAAGAUACCGUCAGAAUAACCUUUUUCUACAGAAUCAGAGGAAAUUUUUCAGACAACUAGAAGACGAAAAAGACGAAAAAUCUACCACCCCCGCACAAGAAAAGAUGGUAGAAUACUGGUCGAGUAUUUGGUCACAAGACGCUCAACACAAUAAUACAGCUCCAUGGAUUACACCCGAAAAAUUAAGACUGCAGAGUGUGACGGCGAUGGAAAAUGUCGUCGUCACCGUGGAGGACAUAAAAGCUACGGUUAAAAGGUUGAGGAACUGGUCGUCCCCUGGCAUCGACGGGGUGCACAAUUAUUGGUGGAAACAUCUCACAUCAACACACGCGGCGCUGGCUCGGCUCCUCCAGUGUGCACUCAGGAACCCUAGUAGCGUCCCUGAGUAUUUUACUCAGGGAAUUACAUACAUGGUCCCCAAAAAAGGAGAUCUAUCGCAACCCAAUAAUUACAGACCGAUCACAUGCCUGCCAUCUAUAUACAAAAUUCUAACCUCCACAAUAUCUUGUAAAAUCAACCAGUACCUGAAGAAGAACAACAUAAUGGCAUGGGAACAGAACGGAUGUAAGCGAAAGGGACGAGGAAGCAAAGAGCUCUUAGUGAUAGAUAAAGAACUGACUAAACAGGCAAAAAAACGGAAAAAAAAUAUAUCAAUAGCUUGGAUAGAUUAUGAAAAGGCCUACGAUUCUGUUCCCCACUCGUGGUUGGUCGAAGCACUUAAAAUAUACAAAAUUGAUGAUCAGGUUAUAAAGCUGCUUGAGUUCCUUAUGACGUCCUGGCGAACGAAGAUCUAUAUGAGAGGCAGCAAAACAGAGGAAAUAAAGAUAAAAAGAGGAAUAUUCCAGGGUGACAGUCUUAGUCCACUCUGGUUUUGUUUGGCCAUGAACAUCCUCAGUGCCAUGCUGAACAGGUCUGCAUAUGGAUAUACCAUCAGUACGCAGGUUACCAUCACACAUUUAUUCUACAUGGAUGACUUGAAACUGUUUGCUAGAGGGCGCAAACAACUGGAAGGACUGCUGGAGCUGGUCAGAAGGUUUAGUGAGGACGUCGGGAUGUCGCUGGGACUGGGGAAGUGUGCAACGGUCAAUGUCAGCAGGGGAAGGAUGACAGGGGAGGAGAAUAUCAGACUGGUGGAUGGAAGGGAGAUAACUGAAAUAGGAACGGAAGAUGGAUACAGGUACCUGGGUAUAGUGCAAACCUAUGAGAUAAAACAUCAAGAAAAUAAGGAAAUUGUCGAGAAAGAACUGUUCAGGAGGAUGCACAAAAUACUCAAAACACAAUUGUCAUCCAAAAAUAAAAUAGAGGCCAUAAACAUUUGGGCCCUUCCAUCAUUCACAUACACCGCUGGAGUAAUCAAUUGGUCGCGGACAGACCUACAGCGGAUUGACCAACGCAUGCGUGCUACCCUCACCAAGUAUGGAAUAUUACACCCAAACUCGGCAAUAGAAAGAGUUCAUUUGCCACGCAAAGAAGGUGGACGAGGUCUGGGCAGCAUAGAGGAGGCAUGCAGGAAGGAGAACGAGAGUGUCUCCAAUUUCUUCGAGAAGAACAAUCACUUGCCUGUCCACAAAUGGGUAGUGGAUCAAACGAGUGCUGCCUCAUCAUCUCACCAGGGAACUUCAGAAAUGGAGGAAGAAGUGGACUAUCUGGAGAAUCUUCGAAGAAGGUGGCAAACGAAAGCACUACAUGGGAAUUUCUAUUCCAGCCUACAUCAGAAUGAGGUUGACCUCGAGAGCACUAACAUGUACCUAAUGAAGGGGUAUCUUUAUCCACAAACGGAAGGAACUCUGUUUGCGAUCCAGGACCAGGUGGUACCAACAAGGAAUUAUAGCAAAUUCAUCUUGAAACAGCAACUAAAUAACACCAAGUGUAGGCUGUGCGACUGCGUUGAGGAGACAGUGCAGCAUCUCUCCUCAGGAUGCUCGGCAAUUGCGGAUACAAAAUAUAUGUCCAGGCAUAAUAACAUGGGUAAGGUGGUCCACCAGUUGUUGUGUCUUGGAGAGCGGCUCCUACAGAAUUUUACACCUUAUCACGCUUAUACACCCCAAACACUGCUGGAGAACGAGCACACAAAGGUGUACUGGGAUUUCGCAGUGCUUACAGACCAAGGGGUGGAGCAUAAUAGACCUGACAUGAUUGUAUGGUACAAGACGGAAAAAACUGCCGUGCUCAUCGACUUCUCGAUACCGAUGGAUCAGAAUUUGGCUAAGGCAUAUCAAGGAAAAAUCAGAAAAUAUGAGCCAUUAGCAAGACAAAUUAGGGACAUAUGGAAGUUAAAACGUGUCGAUAUAGUUCCGCUCAUCAUCAGUUGCAACGGUCUGGUACAUAAGAAGACUACGGAACACCUCAAAGAAAUGAAACUUCCACCUAACACCCUUAUAUGGAUGCAGAAGGCGGUACUGCUGGGAACUGUCAACAUAAUCCGCAGUGUUCUUUAUCCACAUUAG